CACAAUGGAGGUCUACCAUCCUAAACCACUGCCAUAGGUCGUUCGUUUAUUCUCCUCGUGUUCGGUCAAGUAUGGACAUAGCAAGAUGUGUGGCGAGUCAGCCAUUUUGCAUCAGGGUUCACUGCCUUUUCUCUAAUCGUAGAACCGGUGUUUUAACAUUUGGUCCGGUUGAACCGUAUUUCGAAUGAUACCACCAGACGGAAAGACAUCAGCAAGCUGAUUUGUGUUAUGGAAAUCAUGUAUACAGAAUAACACAGGAGAGGUAAAGGGCCUGAUCAGCCAUUUUUUCGGGCUAGUUCAUACGCAUAAGCUUCACAUAUGAACACAACAAUGCCUCCAAUGAUGUACUUCCGUGGUUUUACGCUGCGCACAUUGUAACCGUUGGCCCCUGUAUUCCAAGAGUCACAGGUGUCUGGUCGUAAAGUCGCCACAUGUAAGUUGCAGAAAUAAACGAAUUCCAACAAGGUAAAUAUUGAGAUGGGCAACAGGUGCAGUGCACGAUUUCUCCAAGGCUUCUAUAUUGUCCUCUGCAUGCAUAUCAGCACGUUGCUUUGGGCGGGCCUCAUCAAAGGUCUGGGGGUGCUGUUACCCACGCUGCGGGACCAAUUUACAGUCUACACCUGGAUGAUUGGCAGUUUGAUUGCGGCCGUGAGUGCGAUGGCAGGUUUUGCAAGUCCCCUCUCUGCGCUUCUGAACGGUAUUUUUGGAACUGGCACUGUGGUCAUAGUGAGCGGUUUCCUCUAUGGAGCGUCUGUAAUGCUGUCGUCCUUCUCAACCAGCAUUCCUCAUAUUGCAUUAACGUUAUGCAUAUUGGCAGGGCCUAGUUUGUUCAGUAUCACUAUACUGACUAGAGCAAUGGCUGGACGUCAUUUCACUACAGGCUACGCCAUCGCUACUGGUAUUGGAACUUCGGGCCACGCUGUUGGAUUGAUGCUCCUUGCGCCCUUGAUUCAAUUACUUUUAGACACCUAUGGCUGGCGAAGUGCCUUGCUACUGCUUGGGGCAAUUAGCUUGCAUCUUGGUGUAUGCGGCUUCCUCCUAAGAAUACCACAACAUCCUGCAGAGGCACGGGAGGAGUACCUGCCCAUUGGCUCCAUUGAACAGGAAGCGUCGCAUGUCAACAAGCCAAGAAGCUCCGAUGCUAAGAAAAACUCGCCACUCCGCAGCUUGAAGAACGUCAUUAUAGAUGUGAAGAAUCUACUGGGAUGUGCAGUUUGUCGCCGCGCCGAGUUUUGGAUCGGGUUUCUUGUUUUUGGAUGUGAUUCAUUUGCGAUAGAUAUGUGGGUGUUGUACUUCGUCGCUUAUGCCGAGUCAAAAGGUUUUUCUGGAUACGAAGCCGUAAUGUUCACUUUCGCCGGAGGAAUGGGAAACAUGGUCUUAAAGAUCAUCAUUGGCCUGAUUUUGGACUUUGGGUUAUUGAAAGUGCGGCUGGGUCUCCUUGUGACGAUCAUUACAAGUUCCCUUUGUUUACUGACACUUCCCUGGAUGAAUACAUACUGGAUGAUGAUGAUCAAUGCCUUUCUCUAUAACGGCCUCAACGGUAUGAUAAGACUCUUGAGUGACAUUUAUACCCGUGAACUCUUGGGAGCUGAAGAUUUAGUUGCCGCUUUCAGCUGGAUGGGAGUUUUCAAGGCAGCUGUCAUUCUUGCGUUCGGAUUUUAUCCAGGCUUGAUGUUUGACAAACUCGGAAGCUACGACCUGGCGUUUAUCAUCUUGGGGUGUGUAGCAUGUCUGCCGUUGGUGUCGCUGUUUGCGGAAGUCCUGUUAAAUCGACGGAAGGCACGAUCCCUUUAAAUGUCAAGUGCGUGUGCUUGAUACAACUUCGUCUAUAAGACAUGCCGCCAGUUAUUCAAAAUAAGAGUAAGAAGGAAGUGGGGAAGCAACAUGUAUCGUUCUUUUCCUCGAUGCCAGUGAAUGUUGCUGCAGAAUGUGUACGAACUUUCUCAGGUUUGUUUAUACAUAAUAAUGAAGAUUGUGUUAAUUAAGAUAGUGUGGACACGCCCUGUGACGUACGCAGGAUGGACAGAACGAGGUGCUCGGUACACGUAGCAACCUGGAUGGUUUGUGUAUGAUCAAUACCAGCACGUAAGUGGGCGGAGCUUGCUCUUGGCUCUGCAAGUGUCUGCGAACCUGUAAUGGCAUGAGUAGGCCUACUCUUGCGGUGGCGUGAGUUGCUAGAGGACACAGUGUAUGCUAAUAUAGGCCUAUGUUAGGCGCAGGCGGAGUGUCUUCAUGUAGCAGUACACUUCUGGGUGCAUUGCAGUAGGUUAUUACCGGACUCGAAUCGAGUCCAUUCAAAACUGUAUUUAAAAUUCAGAAAUCUCAGUGGAAAAACUGUCCCACAUCUGUUGUCCAUAAUUCUUGGAUUACGAACCAUCAUUUUAGGGUCUAGGGUAACGGCAGGCAUGUGUAAAAAGCGCACCGCGCAACCGAUGCGACAGAGUUGCCUUUGUACUGCAACGUAAAAACGUUUUUCGUGAAGGAUUGUUUUGCUUGCAGUUACUUUUCUUUUUGUGACUUGUGCCAAUCAUCAUUGCACAACGGAUUGAGAGUUACAGUGACACCAUAAAACUCCUUCAUACAUAUUAGUCGAUACUUCGUUAUUGAUCAUUUUUUAAAUCUGUUAAUAUUGUAUGUUCGGACUAAAUUCGGUUCGCAAAAAGUUUGUUCAUCAUUUUGGAAUCAUUGGGGAAAAAAUGGACAUGCUAGAAUUGGCAUAAAGUUUUUGUGCACCCGACUAAAUGAAAUCGCGCAAAGAAACAGGCAAAGUUGACUGGUGUCCUGUCCGCCAUUUUAUACACGUUCAUAGCUACAUGUAGUGUACAUGUACGUGCUGUGCACAUGAACGCAUCACGUUUAGUCAUUUGCCUCACGCGUCUUGCCCUCACUGUCAGUUCAUGAAAAUAAUUUCCUGUCACAGAUAAUCCAUUUUGACUUGACAAGCCAUCAAGAAGCGGUAGCCGGCCUUCAAAAGGCAAAAUGCAAAUUCCGUGGUACGGUGUGCAUAGAGAAGUUGGGACCAGCUUUGUGCGACACCUUAGGGGGAAGUAUCCUUCAAAAUAAGCACUGUACAGUCUAGAGAUAGGGCGCCGGUCAACUCGGUCCGAAUCAGUUCUGAAAUAUUGGAAACAAAAAUUUAAAUUUUCUGUAUUUUCCAAUAAUAGCCAAUAACCAGGCCUUCGAGACCAAACUGACAAAAGCAGCAUCACUCAAAUACAUUUAAAUGAUGCAUUAUUGUAUGGUCUGCCAAAGUUGCAGACGAUGAUGGACUUGCAACAAUGCCAACUGGGUAAGGUUUGGGGUUUGUAGUACACAAUUUACUUUAACGACGAAACGCAGACUACUUCUUAUGUCUUGGGUUAAAUUAAAAAAUAAUUGUAGUACAAUGUAUGUUGUUAACCUGUUACUUUUUAGUGGAAAAUAUAUACCAUAUUAUGCACUAAACUAAAGGAGAACCGGUAUAAAUCGAACUAGAAUAUAUUAUAAAAUUGCAAGUGCUAGUGUUUGAAAUAUGCAUUAUUGCACCAAGUAAUUGCAUGCUAAGAAUUGUUUAUGAAAUAAUUUAUGAAGUCAUAUCUUAAAAGAAGAAAAAUUUCUUUCCAAGUACACAAAUGUUUAGAUCAAAUUAAUAUUCUUGGCUUUUAUGUCUCGAAUCCUUUUAAUCUGUAAUUGACGGUCUUUAGAUUCAUUUAAUCGUUUUAUCCGAUGUAAUUUCGUUAUAUUCAUUUACGUUUGGUUUACAUCUGCUGUAUCGUUUGUAGGUAAUGACAUUAAAACACUUAGGGGAACUUUUCAAACAUCAGCGUCAUUUAUUAAUAACGAAUAAGGUCAAGGGUUUGUUACAAAUAACCGCAGGCCCAAUCUUGAAGAUGUCUAUUUACUUCUGCAAUGGCAAAUGUAUGGUGAUUAGGGAGAUCACUUCUGCCUUUCGUUGGUUGUUGAGGCUUAUUAUUAUUAUCACAAUACGGAAAGUUUCGUGUGUGUGUGCCGUACGUAUAUCGUAAACCUUGAGACUAAACGCCAAACCUUAA